UGUGAGAAGGUUGAUCUUUGAGCAUUCCGAUCAUCUUCCAGCUUCAUCGUAACUCCGGGGAAAUAGAGGAGUAGCUGCAGCUUUCGCAACGAUUCCGAGCCAUGAGCCCGCGGUGAGACUAUGUACCUGCCACCCAGAACAGAUAAACUGUGGUGGACUUCUACAACCUUUCGCAUAUCAGUGUCGUGCCUGCGGCUAGUACGAGAGACCUUUUAUCACAAAGACUCAUCAUGAAUGUCGACUUCGAUGCUCCGGCAACAACUGUGAAAUCGCCAUCAAAAUUGGCCCACGUCGUUCUUCGGACGAACAAUUUCAAAGCGAUGGUGGAAUAUUACAAAACUUUCCUUGGCGCGAACAUAAUCUAUGAGAACGAAUUCAUUGCGUUCAUUUCAUAUGACGACGAACACCAUCGUAUUGCUAUCGUCGGCCUUCCUGACACGCAAGACAAAAUUCGAUCCAGCUGUGGCUUGGAACACAUCGCUUUUACCUUCGAUUCUUUGUCAGACCUGUUACUGUCAUACAGACAGCGAAAGCAAAAGGGUAUUCAGCCACUCUGGCCUGUUAAUCAUGGUCCGACAACGUCAAUCUACUAUGAAGAUCCCGAUGGCAAUCAGAUUGAGACCCAGGUAGAUAAUUUCGACAAUCCCAGCGAGGCUACGGACUUCAUGAAGUCAAAAGCGUUCGCAGAGAACCCAAUCGGCGUUGAUUUCGACCCAGAGGAUUUUAUCGAGCGUCUCAAGAAGGGAGAAAGCGAGAGAACUUUGAUGAUUCGCCCUGAAAUCGGUCCACGAGGCCUUCCGGUUCACAUGAUAUGA